UACAAAUUCUGUUUGUCUCUUCUCAAGAUUAUUGCUUUUGACGAGCUGCGCACAGACUUCAAAAAUCCCAUCGAUCAGAGCAACCCCACCAGAGCGAGGGAAAGAAUAUUGAACAUUGAAAGAAUCUGCAACCUCCUCCGAAGGCUGGUGGUUCCAGAGUAUUCCAUCCAUGGGCUGUUCUGUCUGAUGUUCAUGUGUGCUGGGGAGUGGGUAACUCUGGGCCUUAACAUCCCCCUGCUCCUCUAUCACCUCUGGAGGUUUUUCCACCGUCCUGCAGAUGGGUCUGAGGUUAUGUAUGAUCCAGUGAGUGUGAUGAAUGCAGAUAUUCUGAAUUACUGCCAAAAGGAGUCCUGGUGCAAGCUAGGCUUCUACCUUCUGUCCUUUUUCUAUUAUCUGUACAGUAUGGUGUAUGCUUUGGUCAGCUUCUAAGUGAUCAAAUGAGGGACAGACGAUUAUGAAAGAAAGGAGAAAAACGACAGAAUAAAGACCGAACUAUGUCGCGCUCUCCUCUCCCUCAUCCGCAAACCUUGUUCAGCUCCUCCUCAGAUCUCCUGGGUGGGGAUGGAUGAUGGACAGAUGUAGAAAAGCUCGAGACAAGGAGGCAUUUAAAGCCAUCGAUGUAAAGCUGCCUCAAUCACUGCCAUUAAAAAAAAAAAGUGGAGAGGUGGACCAAAAGAAAA